AUGGGCCAACAGCCUCCUCCGAGUGCCAGUGGCACUGUUCGCCUAGCCUCGCAGCAUGAGCGUCUACUUCUCGAACUGCUUCCCUUCCAGGAUAUCCGCCAGUUCCACGACUGGCUCAACGGCGUCUAUGUCCGCGGCUCCUGGAACGAGUUCGUGCGGGACUUCCACGCCGCCCACCCGCUGGCCCCGGAGCCCGACAAGACCGCGGCGGUGCAAAAGGCCCGCGACGCCAUCCACGCGCGCGGUGCGCAGUACCUGAUGCACAACCCGGACAAGGACGCGUGGACGGCCGAGGACCACCACGUGCGCUUCCUCGUCGCCGUCGUCUCCGACAACAUGCUCAACGGCCUGUGGUCCGACCGCGACUGGAAGAAGAACGGCCUGGCGGUCUGCGGCGCCGUAUUCGAGGUGCUCGUGUUUCUGAAGGCUACGGCGACGGCUUCUGAAGAUUGUGCGGACCCCGCUGCGGCGGAUCCGCCGCGGUAUGAGGCUUAG